AUGUUUUUCCUGGAGGGAUGUGGAGUUUUAGCGCACUAUUUCAAACCUAGCUAAAACCUAGUCACGUAUUUGAGGAGUGAUUUUACUAGCAUUAGUUGAAGCACUUAAAUUCACGGUUGGUUCAGGUUACUGAGCUUUUUAAAAUCGUAACUUACUGCUAGCAUGUCAGGUUUGCUAACGUUAGCUAAGGAAGCAGAACUCCUCGUUUGACUGAAAGUUUAACGUUGAUAAGUUCCAUGGAGAGUUCACUGGUAAAAGACAACCCAUUACUUUUACCUCUCAACAAGGAGAAAACUAUCUAUGACGGAUUUAUCACAGCACAGGAACAGGACCUCAGAUUGAGAAUUCAUCUGCCACCUGAUUGUCAGCUCAAAAGGGCCAGGUUGCACUGCAGUUGGCAGCUAAAACACCUGUUGCGUGGCUAUGAGCACAUAGUGAAGCAGAGGCUGCAGCAGUCGGCCGAUCUUGUCAGUUUCAUGCUGGAGCUGAAGACUGUGGUGGAAGUGGGUCUGAAGAGCCGUCCUGAUUGCAGCUCCAUUCCACCUCCACAGUAUUACUCGCAGCUCAUCUCUGAGAUGGAGACCCUUGGGUGGGACAAGCUGCUCUCCAUAGACACGGAGUUUCGAACACUGAGACUGAAGGCACAGGACUCCUCUGGAAGGCAGCACAUUCUCACCGUUAAACUCAAGUCUAAGCACCCUGCAGAGGCUCCCGAAUGCUCAGCUGACCUGCCGGUCCCUCUGGCCAUAACAUGGACACCACAGAGUACUCUGGAGCAGCUCCACAACCAGUUCCUGCUGGUUUUGGAUUCCCUGACAGAUUUCUGGGACGUCCUGGAUGAGAUCGACUGCAAGACCUGGAUUCUGGAGCCGGAGAAACCCAGCCGGUCGGACACCAUGAGGCGGAUCACCAUUGGAAACAACGUGUCCAUCAAAGUGGAGGUAGAUCCCAGACACCCUAAGAUGCUGCCUGAGUGCUGCCUGCUGGGAGCCGAGCACGUGGUGACGCCGCUGAGGAAUAAGCUGAACGCCAAUAUGCACAUGUGGAACCCGGACUCCAGCGUCUUGCACAACCUCCGGGAUGUUUUGGAGAUCGAAUUCCCGUCACCUGCCACCCACGAAAAAUCUGCUUUCAGCAUUGAGUGUGGGAUUUGUUACUCCUAUCGUCUUGAAGCUGCGAUCCCUGAUCAGGUGUGUAACGACCCUCGCUGUGGCCAACCCUUCCACCAGGCCUGUUUGUAUGAGUGGCUGCGAGCGCUGCCCUCCAGCAGGCAGAGCUUCAGCAUUGUUUUUGGAGAGUGUCCUUACUGCAGCAAGCCUAUCACAGUGAAAAUGUCAGCCCAGAAGUCCUGAGGAGUGGCUCUGGGUUCAUAUCAGCUCCAUCUUGCCCAUGG